AGUCUGCAGCUUUCUGUUCAGAUUUCUUUCUGAUUUCUAACUGGAGGUACUACAUCUAGAGUAAAUGAACAUUUGCUGAGAAAGUAAAGGACAACAAGCCUCAAAAAAGGCUUCUAGAGGAACAGGAAUGUGGCACAAAAUUCAGAUAUUGGUCUUAUAUUGCAUUGCCAGUGAAGUUUUGAUGGCAAGGCAUCUUGAUUCUAGAAGAAAUUUCUCCCAAGGACUUUACUCUGUAGCAGACAGUGGUUCUGCUAAGUGGAACAGGAUUAAAAGGAGUCUGUAUCAGGGGAGGUCCUGCAGGAUUCGAGGCUGCUGCACAGGAAGAGAUGAUGACUGCAGCUUUACCAUUGUCUCCAGAGCAGCCAUAUGUUACUGUGACCAGUACUGCACCUCAGGCUCUCCUGGGCCUGUAGACUGUUGUGCUGACUACUGGGACGUCUGCAGCCACCCUGUGGAGCCCACCAGGUCAGAGGAGCCUUGGCCGCCUCCGGCAUGGGGUUGUUAUAAAGAUGGCCGAUAUUACGGAGAAGGAACAAUAAUUAAAGACAACUGCAAUUCCUGCAAAUGUUUCAACAGUCUCUGGAAAUGUUCAACAGACGUAUGCCUUGUUCGCCAAGACUUAAUUCAGCACAUCAAUUCUGGAGAUUAUGGAUGGAAAGCUGAAAACUACAGUCAGUUCUGGGGAAUGACAGUGGAAGAAGGUUUCAAAAAGCGCCUGGGCACCUUCCCUCCAUCUCAUUCUUUGUUGAAUAUGAGAGAAGCUCCUGGAAAGUCACUUCCAGAGGACAAGUUUCCUGAAAUUUUUUCAGCCACUUAUGAGUGGCCUGAGUGGAUUCACGAUCCUUUGGAUCAGCGAAACUGCGGAGCAUCCUGGGCUUUUUCAACCGCAAGUGUUGCAGCAGAUAGAAUAGCAAUUCAUUCAAAGGGUCAGAUCACAGACAACCUUUCCGCUCAGAACUUGAUCUCUUGUGAUACCAGGAAUCAACAUGGAUGUAAUGGUGGAAGUAUUGAUGGUGCCUGGAGGUAUCUGAAAACACACGGGGUUGUAUCGUAUGCUUGUUAUCCAUCAUUUUGGAACAAACACCUGGGGCCGUCAGCUGAAAAUCAGUGUUAUGUGUCAAGUGAGCACGGAAAAAACCAUACAAAUGGGCCAUGUCCCAAUGCUUUUGAAAAAUCCAAUCGGUUAUACCGGUGUGCCUCUCACUACAGGGUGUCCUCAAAAGAAACUGAUAUAAUGAAAGAAAUCAAGGACAGAGGACCAGUGCAAGCUAUAAUGAAAGUGUAUGAAGAUUUUUUCCUGUACAAAGAGGGAAUAUAUCGACGCUCCCAGAAAGCAGGAUCUAAAUGGAAAACUCAUUCAGUCAAACUCCUUGGGUGGGGAGCAUUACGUGACAAAAAUGGACAGAAACAGAAGUUCUGGAUUGCUGCAAACUCCUGGGGAAAAUCAUGGGGAGAAAAUGGUUAUUUUAGGAUUCUACGUGGACAAAAUGAGUGUGAUAUUGAGAAGCUGAUUUUAGCUACAUUGGGACAGCCAUAGUUUAUCUGUACCAUACUCUGCUUGAUGUAUCUAUUCUUUCCACUGUUGUAUAUCCAGUCUUUAUGGGGAAAUAAUAAUGUCUUCUCCCUAAGUUACCUUUCUAUCAGCCCUCAUGAGGUCUUCCUGGAACACACUGCAGAAUUCACAGCACUCUUGGAUCUCACCUAGUACAAGCAUAUUUUUAGACUAAAAGCAUGUGAUAUCCAGGACUACUGAAGACCUUGAUCGUUCACAGAGCAGGAAGUUCCCUCCUGUCUGAACAAUUCCUGAAAAAAAUGGAGUUACACUAUUAACAUUAAUGUCUUUACAAUACAUACAAUGAUCAGAAAUUAUUUCAGAAAUAUUAUGUGCUCUUCCAAACAAAAUUGGCUCAGACAGCUCAUGGUCAUACUGGAUAAUAAAUUCCAAAGAAAUAUAAGUAGUUCUGAUCCUGUAGCAGAAGAAUUAUUUUCUACUUGCCUUCCUUACAACUAAGUAGAUAAGUUGUAUCUAUGUAUCAAUAUCUCAUCCAGGAAAUUAAUUUUUUUCCCACAAAGUUGAUGCAUUCAGUAUAAUACAAAAAUAGCUUGCAGUGACAGAGUUUAUUCCUGUUCCUGCAACCACAACCAAAACUGUACAAUUUUAAUAAUGUUUUAAUUAAAAUAUAAAAAGAAGAAAAUGUAAUUUCUUCUUAAUUCAGCCUGGACUAGACUAAUUCCUGAACUGCUUGCCUUCUGCUCCCUUUUUAACCUGAGAAAAGGCACGUGCCAACACUCACAAAAGCCUGUUGCAAACAGAAAAAGAUGGAAAAGAUAUUCUGUUGUUUGUAUCAACUGACACAUCUGUAAUCCAGGCACAGUUCCUGGUGCUGGUGGUCAGGAUCACUAGUGCAAAGGAGACACCCAGAAUUCCCAAUGCUUCCAUAGCUACUUCUGUCUGAAGAAGCAGCUCUUUGACCCAUAUCCCCUCCUAUAAGCAUUGCUGGAAAUCUUGACAAGUUUGAGGACUGUUUUGCUUAUUUGCUAAUUAAAGUAUCAAUAUUGAAACUACUGACAUAAGAAGAAAUUAAAUACUUUCUAGCCCUUUCAGUUUCAAUUAAUCCAAAGGCCAAAUGCCAACUGGAAUAAAAUUAUCUAUGAAAGAAAACAUGGCAUAUUAAAUAAAUGUGGGGGAAAAGCUGCCAUGAAAUAUCAGUGAACAAAGAAUUUCCAGGUGUACCUUCAGUGUAUUUAAUAAUGUCCAUUCUAUCUAGAAUAAGAACUUGUUUUCUAAUGUCAUCAGCAAGUUCCUUCAAGAACUUUUCAUGGCAGUGGUAUACAACAAAUGCACAUGCCUCUGAAAUAACCUCUCUUGAACUAGAGUUGGGUGACAAUUUAUGUUGCAUCACUUAAAGGAGCUAUUGUUAAAAUGUCAGUACCAUACUGCAGCACAACAAGCCUUCUGCAGCCUUUAGUGUCAUAUAGUAAACUGAAUUUAGACACAAAACCCCCUUUAUCACUUGAAAUUUGUAGAAAAUUGUAACAUAAGCAAUUUUAGAAGCUCUAAGUGCUCUAAGAGAAAUAACUCUUCUAGUUUUAGUGAGCUAAGCCAGUACUUGAGAGGAAAGUGUACUGAAUCAUCUGCACACCUAUUUCCCAGCCUCUUGGUAUGUAUUGAUUCCAUAAAUGUCAAGAUUUCAGAAGAGUAUAAUUUAACUUUGGAGUGAAUGACACUGUAAAAACACAUUCAGUAAGCUCUGGGGAGGGAUUAUUUAUUUCAACUUCAAACUGGUUUGCACUGCUGUGGCUUUUACUUUUGCCAGUGGCUGUCACUGCUCCUGAUUUCCUUAUGAGAUCUUUCUAAGAUCUGGUAUGUAAUAUUAAGCUUCUUAUUUAG